UUACUUGACUUCUAGAAAUUUCAACAGUGUUUCUAGCAGACGAACAUAUGCAUUAAGAGCAAAGAGUGCGUGCAAGAAAACAACUGCACAUAAACAAAGACGAAAAAAUCUUUAUUUUGCUACACACAAGCUGCAGAGUAACAACAGAUUACUCUCAAAAAUAAAAAAUUUUUUUCCACAUUCUAGUAGAAAUGGAAAAUGCAGAAGAGGUGAUUUAUUUGGCAGUAAGCAAUGGAGAAUGGAUGGACGAAAAAUCUCUGCAGUUGAUCAAAAGUGUUGAUAUAAAUAAGCUAUGCCGAUCUGGGAUGACAAUCCUUGGGCGUGCUGCUCAACUAGGAUUGUUUCUGUUUGUAAAGCAAGUGUUGCACAGCUCUUUACAGUAUAAAGCUAAUUUCCCAUUAACAAAAUGCCGUGGACAUAGAAGGCCUCAUCAUUCCACUGGAGGUUUUGCGAGAAAACAUCCUGGCACAUCUUCUUCUGAAGAUGAUGAUUUUUUUGAUGGAAGAUGCAUGUCUCUGUGCAAGUUGAUGGAAGCUCCUUUAGGAAUUGGAUUGGACCCUAUUGUUUGUGAUGUUAAUGUGUCAGACUCAUAUGGAAGAACAGCACUGCAUUAUGCAGCAGAGCAGGGACAUGCUGACAUCAUUGAUGUUCUUUUGGUAGCUGGAUCUUUUGUGAAUGCCAUGGAUUUUGAAGGAAUGACACCAUUGUAUCUUGCUUCUGCACGCGGAAACACAGAAGCAGUGCAGGCAUUAGUGCAGCAUUCGGCCAAUAUAAAUUUAAGGGCGACGGAUAAGUCAACUCCUCUGCAUUCCGCUGCAUCUAGAGGCCAGAUUGAAAUCCUUAAAAUUUUGAUAAAUCACGGCUCUAAGGUUGACACACUUGACUACUCUGACAGAAGUCCCCUAUAUGUUGCCGCUCAGCGCGGUCAUAAAAACGUUGUUGAAGUUCUUUUACUUAAAGGAGCGAAGGUUAAUUUGGAAGAAAUUCAUGGAUAUACGGCAUUGUGCGAAGCUGUCUGGCAGAACAAUACAGAUAUGGCGGAAUUACUUGUCAGUCGUGGGGCACGUGUGACCACACAGUCCCAUAUGUUGCUUCACUGUGCUGUAACACAGGGAAAUACUGCCAUGGCUCGCUUACUACUGAACGCUAGGAGCGUCCCUAACCUUCGCGAUGAUCACGGCAAUACACCUCUAAUAUUGGCGGCAAAACAGGGCCAUCUUGCGAUGGUUGAGCUCUUGUUAGAGCAUGGAGCUAAUCCUAAUUAUCCAAAUGCUCUUAGUGGUGUUCACCCAAUCCAUGAAGCCGCACAAUGUAUGAACGACGAAGAUGUGCAUGUAUUCGAUCAGAUUUUGGAAACUUUGCAAAAAUAUGGUGGUCGCUUGAACAUUGAAAGCUUUACCCCUGGUGAUACACCGCUGCUGCGUGCCGUUGUACAUCAUCAUCCGGAAUUAGCUACUGCUUUGUUUUCUCGCGGUGCUGAUCCAAAUCUUAGCUCCCUUUAUUCAUGCCCCGUCGAUAUUCUUACACUAGCGAUUCGAAAUGGUUACACCACUUUUGCCAAAAUGCUCGUUCGGGGAGGUUUAGAUUUUAAUCGAAUUCGCGUUGAUCCAGAAAGUACCAGCCAAUGGCUAGUCCAAUAUAAAUCCAGUCCUCAGCCAUUACUAGAUUCGUGUCGUCUAGUUAUUCGACGUCAACUUGGCGAGCAUGUAACGCAAAAGAUAGCGCAUUCUGCACUACCUGAACAUUUGAGGAGAACAAUUUUGUUAAAACAAUGUAUUCGAUAAAUUAAUGCUAUAAAUCUCUAGGAAUGCUCUUUGGACUAACUUAUUUAUUGAAAAUAAUCCAAGUGAAAUCUUCUUGUCAAGGGUAUACAUUUUGUGCUUAGGGAUCGCAGAGAGCUUUUCAGAUCGCAUAGAUUAAAUAAUGUCGUUGACUUUCGAAAGGUGGUGAAAAGUGUGGACAAGUGUGUUUUCAUGAAGUCUCCCAUUUCCUGAAAUCUUGAUCGAUCCAUUUUAUCAUACACUAUUUCCGUUUAUUUCUAGAUCAAAUAGAAAGACUAUUAAAUAUUCCUUCCUUGUUGUAUAGCUUACACGCUAACUUCGUGUAAUUUCCAUGGUUACAUGCAUGAGCAAUUUUGGUUGAUCCGUUUUAAAAAAUCACAUAUGCUUAUAAAAGAAGAUGAAUUUGUACAUUGUGUUCUUGUACCACGCUAAAGAAUUACGACAUUCCAUGCCUCGUAAUAGAAAUAGAGGAACGAUUAAAACAA